AUGGCAACGGAAGCACUGCUCCCCAUCGGCGCAGCAUACACCGGUGCGACACAAUCCAGCCUCGACUCGGCCAAAGCCGCUGCGGGCAACAACUACUUCCCGACCGUCUUCAACCCGGCCACAGUGCACAAGAAGGGCCAUGCUGUUAUUGGCAAAGGGCGAACCGGUCUGCAAAAGGGCAGCACCGACGGCUUCAAGCUGUACUACGAGGUGCACGGCUCUGGUCCCGUCAAGGUAGCCUUUGUAAUGGGCCUGAACAACUCGUGCUCUGGGUGGCUGCCUCAAGUGGAGCACCUGUCCAAGGACUCGCGCUACUCGUGCCUGGUGUUCGACAACCGGGGUGUCGGCAAUUCGGAGACGCCCGCCGGGUGGUACAAGACGUCGGACAUGGCGCAGGAUGCGUUUGAGCUGCUCGAGGAUUUGGGCUGGAUUAAGGAGGGGCAAACGAAGCCAAGUGUGCAUGUAGCAGGCGUGUCGAUGGGCGGCAUGAUUGGGCUGGAAAUGGCACGUCAGCGGCCGCAAGUGAUUGCCUCGCUCUCGCUCAUCUCCACGACUCCUGGUCGAAGGUUCCGCACCCCUACUUACGGCCUCACCUCGCUCGCCCGCGUGCUCGGUGGACGAACGCUGGGAUUCGACAGCGAAGAGUACCGUAUCAACCGGCUUAUCACCACCCUCUUCCCCACCUCGUGGCUCUCCCAACCACACCCUUCCGACCCGCAGGGCAGAACACACCAACAGGUGCUCUACGACAUGUUCAAAUGGCGCUUCAAUUUCACCACGCGCCAAUCGCUCCAUGGCGCCGUCAGCCAGAUGAAGGCCGCCGUCACGCACAAUGUGCCCGACGCCGACCUGGACCGCAUCAACAAGACCGUCGGCAAAAUUGCCAUCUUGACGGGGGACGAGGAUUACCUCGUCGACCCGAGGAACUCGGACUACAUGCGCGAGAAGCUCACCACGGCAGAGUUUCACAAGUUCGACCACGCUGGCCAUGCGUUGGGUAACCAGCUGGCCGACAAGGUCAAUGCGAUCUUGGAGAAGGUGAUCGAGGAGGGCGAGGCCAAGGCCAAAGCUUAG